AGUACGGUAGGUGGCGCUGCAGGUGUGGAUAGCAGUGCGCGGAUUAUCCUGCACUUCCGUUACUAGUCAAUACAGAGAGCGACCGGUACAAGUUAAAAAUACAAACAAUGGGCAAGAAACACAAAAAGCACAAGUCGGAGAAACAUGGAUAUGAAGGUAUUAUAAUAGGAUAGUGAAGGCAUGCGUUCACCUGAACAAUUUCCUGAUUUGGUUACUGAAAUGGGCUUGAAUUGUUGAUGAUUGUUCGUCGUUUAGCAAAUUCACAAUCGGUUAGCUCGGCAGCUAUGCUAACAGAUGGAUUCAGCUGUCUGUUCAUCUCCCACAUAUUUCUACUGAUAUCCAGAAACUGCUGCAUCUAAUGUCAGAUAUUCCAAUUUCAUAUGGUGUGUUACCUUUGGCCGUAGCUCAUAUGUUGGUUGUAUGGAGGUGGCUGUAGUCCCGGUGGUCCCUCAGCUGUCUCAGCUGUCUACCUAAUGCUUGUAUUGGUGUGAUAUCUUCAGAGUACGGAGAGAGACCACUGAAGCUGGUGCUCAAAGUUUCCGGGAACGAAGUGACGACGGGAAGUUCGAGUCUGGACACCCUCUAUGACGACCAGCCGACAGACUACGACAAACCCAAAGACAAGAAGAAGAAAAAGAAGAAGGACAAAGAGCGGAGCUUUGGUUCACCAGGAGAGGAGAGGGGAAAGAAGAAGGUACCAUCUUAACUCCUCUCAUAUACAUAGACUUAAAAGGAUAUUCCGGCGUAAAAUUUAGUCAGGGUCAGACACACCAGAACACCGAGCUAGACACCACAUCGAGGAUGAAUGUUGCCGACCGCGUGCUUCUCUAGUUAUACCACCUAACUUUAUCAACAGUACAUAUAGGAUCCCAGCCGAAGUACUAGCCAUCAAACAUCUUUUUAACUUUGCCGAAUUUCUUUAGCAAAGAGACUAAACACAACUCACCUGCUUUCCUUCAGCAGCCGCUUGUUUGUAGCGAGACCUUGGGCCAGUCCAUUACGAACUGCAGCGGGGUGACGCAGCUCAAAGAAGUACAUUUAUGAUCAUUACUUUAUCAUUUCCUUAAAGUAAUAAUCAUCAUAUUAAUCAUUUUGCACUGCAGAUGCGGUAGUUCUUCUGCCUUAGCGUCCCAGUCUGAUUGCAUUUGUGAACCCUGUUUAUUGACAAUGGCAAUAAAACCCCUUCUGAUUCUGAUUUCCAUGAAGAAAUGAUCAUAAAUGUUCUUCCUUGAGCUGGAAGUAACUGGCUGACUGGUCCGAGGUCUCCUUACAAACAAGCGGCUGCUGGAAGAGAGUGGGUGAGUUGUGUUUAGGCUCUUUGCUUAAGAAAUGAGGCAAAGUUAAAAAGAUGUUUGGUGGCUAGUACUGUGGCUGGGACCCUAUAUGUACUGUUGAUAAAGUUAGGUGGUGUUCUGAGCAUUAUUUGUGGCUAUAGAGUGGCUAUUUGGUUGAGGUUUGUGUGUGGCUCCUCAGACCGCUGUGUUUUACUAUCCUGCAGUUGUUACUAAAGUUGGUAUAACUAGAAAAGCAAGCAGUCUGCAACAUUCAUCUCUUGAGGGGGUGUCUAACUCUGUGUUACGGUGUGUUUGACCCUAAAUUAAUUUUACGCCGGAAUAUCCCUUUAACUCCCCUUGUACACAUAGACUUGAGGUUAAAUCAUUCUGAGCCUGCAUAGACUCUUUUUAAUAAUCUUGUUCAGAUCUGAGAAAUCUAGACAUAGUGGUUUUGGAUAAGGACCUGGCUUCAAUAAGCAUCCCAGUGACAGCUGAAUCAGUAACUGCAAAGAAGAUGCUGAUUCCAGCAUGGUUGAAAUUCUCUCUUCUACCUCUAUUAAAGGAUGAUAUAACUCCUGAACUAAACCACGAAAUAGAAAACUAUUAUCUUCACGUAUCAGGUUACUAUUUCUUUUUGUAAUCAUAGAUGACAAAGAAGAAGAAAGGACAGGAUGCAGAUGGGGAUGAUGACCGGGAACAGAGUAGAACUCCUGUUCGUUCAGAGUUGGACAAAUUGGAAGGUAGUCUGACAUUUCCUUUGUUUCAUAGUUUGUCUUCAGCAUCUUGUCUGAUUGUUGUUGUUAUUUCUGAUGUUACAUUUUACACUUUCUAGCAGAAAAGGAGCAGACACCUCUUCAAGAAGCUUUAAACCAGCUCAUCAGACAACUCCAAAGGUGCAAAACUGAACUUUUCAUUGGAUUAUGAUAACUGUGUAUUUACUGUAACAGUUACAAACUGUUUUAAGUUUUAUCACGUCUGCUCUUAGUGUGCCUGAUUAUGUCACCAAACAUUUUCUUCUCUGUCUUCACUAUUUAUUGUUGCUGGUGCUCAUGUUAAAUUUGACUAUAUGUGUUUUCUCUUCAGGAAAGAUCCCAGUGCAUUCUUUUCAUUCCCUGUGACAGACCUCAUCGCCCCCGGCUACUCCUCAAUUAUCAAACGGCCCAUGGACUUCAGCACAAUGAAAGACAAAGUGAAAAAAGAGUGCUACCAGACCUUAGAUGAACUCAAGGUAAAUGUCUGAUUUACUGCAUGUCUGCUUUAUACACACCCUAACACACACACACACACACACACACACACACACACACACACACACACACACACACACACACACACACACACACACACAGUUGAAAAGAGAUGAAAAGUUUGCCCCUGGAAAAAAAACCUCUAUCAUACUUCUUUGCUGAUUUUAUAAACUUGGCUCUAAACAACGAGGAUUUUCCUCUUUUUAUAUUGCGACAGAAAGUCUUUUGAAAAACUCAGAUAUAAUCAAAGCUUGUGCCUCUUUUGUCAUCAGUUCACAGAAGCAGUUUACAAAAUGAUUUGCUCACUAGUAACACUUAGUUUCAGAUGAUGUCUGCUGCUCUGUUUGCUAAUGGGUUGUUUACAAAAACUCUGUAAAUUACUUGAUAGUGAUAUUGAAUAAUCUGUGUUUGUGUUUUCUGUAAUUCGCUGACUAUAUUUUGCUGUCCACAACGUCAACACUGUUUUUUUAACCAGUUGUAUCAUAAUGUCAAUUUUCCAGAGAUCCUGAAUGUAUUAGCAUAAUCUGGUGGUAAAUUACACAAUAAUGAGUGUUGGAAAUCCUCUGCUUAUAGUAAGAAGUCUCAGUGUUAUGGUUUCAGAAGGCUUAUUCUGUAAUCAGAUUAACAAUCCCUCUGAAGAGUGGAAGAAGUGGAAUGCGUAGACCGCUGUUGAAUCCAGAGAUCUAUUAGCUAUUUGCCAAUUACGGUCGAUCUCUUUUUAAAACUUGAUAAACAGUUAUAUCUGCAUGUAGGCACAGUUAAUAAUCCUCUUAGUUUUCACCACCACCCUAGAAGUCUUUGCCAAAGGUCUUUUAAAGCACACCUGUAGCUGUAAUGCCAGACCACAUACCAGACAGAUGUGACAUGGGAAGUUGCUGAAACUAGAGAGUAAAUAUUAACUAAUUCUUCUGUUACACAUACUUGUGUUGUUGUAACAAUAAAACUGUAAUAUAUUGUGCUGCCCCAGCAACAAAAUGAACCGUCUUCUUUUUUUUAUUGCAUUAUUUUUGCCGUAUUUAUUUUAGAUUUUACCUAAAAUAUAAAAUACCUUUAUCUAAAAUAUCCUGGUUCAAAGUUUCUGAUGUUUUCUGUUUCCUUGUUGCAGGUGGAUUUCAGGAUAAUGUGUGAGAACGCCAUGAUUUACAACAAACCUGAGACAAUUUAUCACAAAGCAGCUCGGAAACUGUUACAUUCAGGAAUGAAGAUCCUUAGCCAGGUAUGAGGAUUCAUCAAACACACAGAAUUAAACUGCUUUGCAUUGUUUUUGUUGUUUUUGUUUUAUUGUUGUGACAAGUUUGACCUGAGGUGUUAAUGAAAGGAUUUCAGCUAACUAGUUUAACUUUUUAAUAUAUUCUUUUUGGAGGGUUUUGUUUUCUUUAUCAUGUAAAGGAUUAAAUAUACACCCGUUAAUAUUUGCUGUUAUUAGCACGAGAGGUACUUUGAUAAGGAGAGGUUCAGUCAAAUAUGACCUGAAUAGUGUGUGAAAAAUAAGCCCUGAAGUAAGAAACAUCCUUCAAAGGAAACUUCUUUGACCGUAGAUGGUAUGCUCUGUAAAUGCAUGAAUCUGACUUUUCUUUUGCACACAUUAUGUCUUUAUGUAACUUCCUGUACAGUUAUGAAAGUGCAGUAGUGUUUUGUUCUCUCUUUAUAACACAUGAGGGCAGCAGAGAACCUCAGUGAUUACACACAACAUAAUCAGUUGGCUGUUUCUUUUUCCUCUUCACACCAUCUUUCUUUAGGAGAGGUUGGAGAGCCUGAAGCAGAGCAUAGCGUUCAUGUCUGGCCUUGACCCCUCUGCCAAACAGCCAGGGAAGUCUGAGGAUCAGGGUGGCACCACCCUGGACCAGAACGGAGAGAGACCCGGCGCCACCACAGACAGCAGCGAGAGCUCCCAGACACCAAGCACUCCAAGGUCUCUCUACCUGCUGACAUCACAUGACAGUUUUUCCUAAAGUUAGAGUCGAUUGUCUCUUUAUCAUAGCUGCUCUUACCUUGUCGGAUUUGGGAUCUGAGCGGUGAAAGAUUAGUCGAUCUGUAACUUAAACUAAUCAUGAAAUGACCAAAAUCUCUCAUCAAAUACAAAAUUAGAAGAAUAAACAUGGUUCAUGCAGCUCCUGCGCCCUUUUUCAGCCACAUUAAAGACUGAAAAAGUGAAAUAAUAAGUGCUGAAAGUGUCAUUAGCGUUUUCAUGGGUGAGAUCAUUUAGCAGCCAGAAGUCAAAUUACAGCAUGCUGGUGGAAACGGUUUCUCACAGUGUCACUCCUGUGGGUUUGUGUUUUCCUCUGACACCACACUGAGUAAGUUUUCAGCUGUGGCUCUGUAGGCAGGGAAUGAGAGGAAUGGCUCACAGCAUGCUGGGUCAUGUUUUCUCUCAUGGCUGUGCAUCUCUGAAAUCAGUCCUGUGGCCUGUUGAUGUAAUAAAAUCUGACGAUUUAAGUUGCUUGUCGGAUAUGACUCACCGGGAGAGGAAACAGCAGAGAAACCUCUAUUUUUCUCUUUCUCAUUCAGCUGCUUUCACCUCCUGUGUUACAUCAGAUGAUAGUGUGUACAAAAAGUAGAUGGCAUUAAUUGACGUCAGAGUAGUUCUGGCAGAAAGAUUAUCCAAAGAACUAAAUCUGAACGUAGGUGUUUGAUGAACAGCUCUCAUGUCUCUCCCUGCAGUGUUCUGCUGCAGUGUGCAAGCUUUUGUUCUGGCUACAAAGGGAAGCCUUGUCUUCCAUGGUCAAUGUGUCUCAUCUGCUGUCUUUCAAUUCCUGCUCCAUUUACAGACAGGACAAGGACUCCAAGGACGAGGCAGCAAAGGCAGAGAAAGAGCUGGAGGAAAUCCGCAAGGUCAUCAAGGAGUCUGAAGGAAAACUGACCAACAGGACGCUGCAGUGUGAAGUGAGAAAGAGUCCAACUAGUGAUUUCUCUUCUCUUUUCAGACUGCAUAUCUGCUGUGAAAAACAUCACAACUCCUACUCAUAUAAGAUGACAGGGAAAAAAGUAUGAAGUUUCUAAGACCCUGUUUUGAUGCUCUUCAAUUUUUCAUCUGGACGAGAGAGAUGGAAAAGAGAAUUGAUGAAGUGGAUGUUUUGAAACAUUCAUUUUAGGGCAUUAAGAUUUUAGCUCGUAAAGUUACAGACUCUGGGUGGUGAAAACAGACAGUUCUCUGUGUGUUCAGAGUGAGAAUAUGGUCAUAGUCUGAAAUUUGAUGAUACUAUUUAUUUUUGUUUAGCUGGAGUUUGCGAGACGGAAGUCAGAUGGUUCCACUACACUGGCGAUCCUGAACUCAGCAGAUCCUUCAGCAGGAGGUGAGUGUGGCAGGAGUCCAAAGAUUAAAAAUAGUAUUAUUGAUUUGAUGUAAUCAUCAUCAUGUCUGUAUCGGCCCUCAUAAGUCCACCAUCACCCUCAUCUUUCCUAAUAAAAAUAUAUCUGACCCUGACAUAUUCUGUCAUUCCUAAAAAGUUGUUACAUGUUUCCUGUUGCAGAUGUUGGUUACUGUCCCGUGAAACUGGGCAUGAUGUCCAAUCGGCUGCAGAGCGGCGUGAACACUCUGCAGGGCUUCAGGGAGGACAAGAGGAACAGGAUCACUCCGGGUAUGUCAUGUUUCUGCACAUGAAAUGAGACAUCUCCCUUUGCUGUUGUUUGAGCUUCUGUGAUGAGUUGACAGUGAGUUGAUACAGACUCUCUCAACAGUGUCUUACAUCAACUACGGGCCCUUUACCUCCUACGCUCCCACCUACGACUCCAGUUUUGCGAAUGUCAGCAAAGAGGACUCUGACCUCAUCUUCUCGGCCUAUGGUGAAGAGUCCAGCCUGCAGGGCUCAGACAGGUAUGUGCAGCACGACCACAAAACGCACUCAGGCUCUUUGGCAUUCACAGAAAACCGUCACAGCAAACGUCACUGCAGGCAUUCCUGGCUGAUUGCUCUCCAGAUGUUUCUCUUAUGCACCAAGGUUAUCCAGCCUGGAGGAGGGGCUGCUGCAGACUGAGCCUCAUCCUGACUUCUUACUCUUUAGUUUUAUUUUCAUAAUUAUCCCACAGUUUAUUCAUGACAUCUCUGAAUUACUGCACCUCCCCUCAGAGCGUUCGCCUGGUCUGUGUAUAUAACUUUUUGAGAUGUGUGUUUUGGCCAAACAUUGAAGGUGACUGGAUGUUUUAGGGUUUAGAGCAUCUGACAACACACUUUUAUUGUGUAAACACUGUUAAUGCUUUGUAAUUGUGACUAAGUAUUGUUUAUGGUUUGUAUAUGAGAUCUCUGAAUGUUUACAGCUUUUCCUCACUGGAUUAAAUGAAUGAAUGGUCAGGGUUGUUGCUUGAUGUACCUCAUUAGAAAUCUCUGUUGCUUUAAAGUCCCACUCUGAUAGUUUUUUUGUAAGUACUUAAAGUGUUCUCAGCGGUCUUUAAACUGUGAUUAUGACGUUUUUAGCCAAAAUCAUGUUACCUGUGUCGUUUUCAAGGGCUUUUCUUCUGCAGAGUUUGAGUAGAUAAUAAGCAAUUCGCCUCUGAGUUGUGGGCGGAGACAGCGCUGCUCUGCACACUCAUCUUCACGCUAGUUUGCAGCCAAACAUUGCCGGUGUAGUAGAAGUAGCAGGUAACAUAGGGGCUACUCUCGGGACACAAAUGUCUUUAGGGACACGAUAAAAGAUAAUAUCAUAAUUAGCUUUCUUACGAGCAUUUCAGUCCGCUAACGCUGAUGCUCUUUCCGCGAUCGUCCUCUCUGUUUCUCCAACCCUGCCUGCAUAGCGGGGCUCUGGGGGCGGAGCUUGGAUUAGUGACAUAAGAAAUCUCACUGUAUCUGAACCUGCUGUUUGGGUCUGUGAGAGAUUCACAGCGAUUUAAAUGAAGAAAUACUCAGAAAUGCAAUGUCACACUUCUUUUUCUCAUGAUAUGUCCACUAGUUUUGGAAAAAUACCAAAUGAACAUGUAGACAACAAGAAAAACACGAUUUUCAUUGGAGUGGGUCUUUAAGUGUAUCUUUGUGGAAGAAGUCAGUUUAUAUUUCCUUAUUGAGCAUCUAACAUGAGUAGCUGCUCCAUUCCUAAGCCGUUGUGUCAGUAUGAAAUAUUAAAAGUGUAAAUAUUACCAUAGAUAUCAGCUCUUGGCUGUCUCACAGUGUGAAGGAGGUUCAGUGUUGUUCUUCAGCGAGUGUCAGCGGAGUCAGCGUCAUCUCCUCAUUAUUUUUGGCCAAGAAAGUGUUUUGGAUUGUCACCCCGCUGCUGCAGAGAAAACAUUAGCUUUUGAUGUUUGUAUUUGUGUGUUUGGCAGCUUGUCAGAGUUCUUGGCCAAAUCAGACGAGUAUGUGUACAAACUGGCAGACAACAUCCUGGAUGCUCUGACAAAUGGAGAGCAUUCAAAAACCCUGAAGGAAACCGAGCAGGUAAGCAGCUAAUGCAGCAUCUGAUCAGAGCCGGGCUUCAUCUAAGAGCACAUGAUCGAAAUCAAAAGAGAGUUAAAUGAAUGAGAUGUUUUUUUUCUUUUUGUCUUUGUUCAGCAAGUGGAAGGGGGAACAAAGACACAGGAGGACAAGGAUGACAUGGAGGUGAGUGUUUAGAGAAAUCUGGAGCUGAUGCCCACAAAGAAGCUGUCCUCCGUGAUAAACAGCAUCUGCGAACUAAUGAAACAAACAUGGUGUGUUUUUUUGGGUAACGCUCGAGCCGCACACCCUCAGCAGUGUCGGAAUCGAUGUGAUGAAGACGAGCUUCUGCUGCUCUGCUCGUGUUCUUGUGCUCUCUCUCGUGUGGAUACUUCAUUUCAGUCUGACAUUAUAGAUGGCCUCUGCAGAUGGUUGCUGUGUCAACCAGCUGUGUCAACAUAGCAGGGGCCUGCCGUUAGCUGUGAUCCAUCCACACAUGGAAAGAACAUUUCCCUCUAAAACACAGCACCUCACUCUCUCGUUGCUUGCUGUCGGAGAAAUCGUGGAGGCCCGUGUGUUUUCUUUCAGCGCCCGCUGGCUGUUGCGGAGCUGAAUUGCUCCUCAGACCAGCGCAGGAAACCAAAGCACAUCCCCACCCCCCCUCUCCAUCAGACACACAGCCACCUCUCUGUCCUGCCUGUUUGCUGUUCUUGGCUGCUCUCCAGUUUACUCUCAUCCCCCUGCCCGGGUGUUGCAGCUUUUCAUUAGGUUUGAUUUUAUUGGAGCGAAGAAGCAGCGUGACUAAAGAGGCUUCAAAAGGCCUGGAUGUUCCCUCCGAGCGUCAGCUGUCUAGUGAGGAAUGCAUUUUUCUAAUCUGAUUCAACAUGUCUCUCACACCCCCCCCCCCCACCUCUUGUGUCUUGUAGGUAGCUGAACCUCUAGCACCCAUCAGCAACCGGCUUGACUUCCUGCGCUCCGUCACAAGCCUGCAGGACACAGAGGAGCUCUCCGGGGGUAAAAAUUCACUUUGAUUGUUUCACAUUCAAGACUAAAUAUCAUUUUGAUCAUUAAAACAUGAAUCUGCAGGUCUCAGGCAACUUUGAAAAUACUCUCCUGUGAGGAUGUUAGAUGGUAUGAAAUGUUCCUAAUUAUUCACAAAUUGUUUUCAUUAAUGAUUGACUCUUUGAAGGCCACAGAUAUGAUCAGCCUUACCACAGAGCAGGACAGGGAUUUGUUAGCCUGGUCAGCCCCGAACAAAGAAAUUCAUAAUUAUCCUCUUAAUGCUGUUGAUGCCAUUUAGGUAAUUCAAAACAACAAAAAAAACAGCACUCAUCUCGAGCAGUUAGAGCAGGCUUUUAUCCGUUCAGCACCCCAUUAUGUUUCCUCUCAGAUCUUUCUAACGGUCCAUCAGUGUUUUUUCACCCCCCUCUGCUCUCUCAGCACUCAGACAUUAGUGAAACAGUGAGAGUCUGGGUUUGAGGAAAGAAAGGAUGUAUUGUGUUCGGGACUGAGGACAGGCAGGGUAACCAACAGGAGGAACUCAGAGAAAUCAUUAACUGAAUACGAGCUGCCUCUCUUUUCCCCCUCGCUUUGUCACAGAGGCGCUGCAUUUCCAGCAGAAACUGGACCAGACUACAAAGCUCCUGCGUGACCUGCAAGAAGCCCAAAAGGAACGUCUAAGCGCCAAGCAGCCGCCAAACAUGAUCUGCCUGUUGGCCCCGACGACCAAGGAGCUGGAGCUGGGUAAGAGCCCUGAAGAGCACUGACCUUCAGGUGGAGACGUGUCAUCAGUCCAUUUACCUUUUAGCCUAUUCACUAAACUCUCAGUCUCUUUGUUAAAUGUUCUGACCAAACUUUAAUCACUCACAAAAAACCUGCACAGAGAAACUUCAUUGACUGAGUUAUAACCAUACCUGCCAACAACACUCCCAAUUUUCUCAGGACCCUCCCGUUUUUCAGACCGAUCUCCCGCCCACCUCCUGUAUUGUCUUUUCUCCCGGGAAUCUCCCAUAGUUUUUAAGCUGUAAACUAUACUUGAGUGGUGUUUGUUGCAAAAUGAACACUUCAAUGAAAGGGAAACAAACGUGAGAUAUCAUAUUUAGGUUAAUAGUCUUGUACCGGCUUGGGGUGAUGCGUUCAGGGCAGCCUCAGAUAAAAGAGUGCUGUAUUUCACGCAUAGAUGUUCAGAGAGCUUCAUACGGGAGAGAGCAUGCAAAACAUAUGAGGACUUUAACUCUAAUAUUAGUGGACGAAAUAAGCUCAAGGCAUAUCAUAGCUUUUAUUUUUUUGUUACCAUUUUUUAUUGUUAAAACAAAAGUGUCCAACUUCACUUAUACUUAUUUGGAUGAGUAAUAUAAUUACAAAUACUCUCAUGAUUAGAUCAUAUCCACCAUUCAAGGUAACCCCAAAACUGCCCGGCGCACGCCGCAAAAGUCUCCCUAAAAGGAUUUUAUAACCCAAAUGUUGGCAGGUAUGGUUAUAGCACUUGUUGUUGGCUGCAGAUGUCUCUUCUUGCUGUGCGAAUAACACAAAUUGUUGUGUCAUUUUUGUCUAAUGUGUCUCUUUUUUUCCACCUUCUCUGCGUCUGCAGCUGAGAAGGUGACUGGAAACCUGGCUGAGCUCACAGGUCAGGUGGCUCCUUGUGACGUCAGCAGCGUGUACGGCAUCAGGAGGGCGAUGGGCAUCGCUUUACCUCCAGAAACACUCGAGCCACUCAUCGACCUCACUACAGGUAAAAACCUUAAUGAUACAACCCGGUCAAAACAAGCUGCGAGAUCGGCUUCUUCUUCUAGGUUGAAGGUUAUAUUCUGUUCUGUGAAACUGUUUUAUUUACCAACUCUUUUAAAAAACUGAAUCUCAGCAUAAACUCUGAUGUUGUUCUUCAAAUGUUUCCAGUGCAGGAGACGGCUGAACCCAUGGAGACCUUGUCCAGCUGUCAGGAUAAAACUCCAAUUGCCACUGUAUAAUUAGAUUCCAACCACAGACUCGGUUACAUAACUUCAUAUUUGUCCAAAAGGUGCUUUUUGUGUGACAUUUGUAUGAAUUUCAUUAAAUACACUUUUUACUUAAA